AUGAAACCGUUUUUGCUUGCCGCCGCUUUGCUCGUUUCGACGGUGUCCGCCACCUGGCACGGUGCUGUCUCCACACAGUACCAGCAGCUGGAUCCUCAUAGUCACACCUAUUCGUACGGCUAUGCGGAUCCCAAUUCACAGAAGCACGAGUCUCGUGGUCAUGAUGGCACCACUCGCGGCUCCUACUCUUACGUGGAUGGUCACGGCCAUGUCCAGUCUGUGUCGUAUACCGCUGAUCCGCAUCAUGGCUUUAAUGCUGUAGGCACAAAUCUGCCCCAAGCUCCAUCGGUGCACCACGCCGGGCCCGUUUAUGCCGCCGCUCACUCCGCCUAUGUGCCAUACUCUCAUCAUCCGCACGGCAUUCAUAUUCCUGUGCUGACACAUGGAGGCGUCCCCGUCGAUACCCCCGAGGUACAGCAUGCCAAGGCAGCCCAUGCCGCUGCCCACGCAGCUGCCUCACAUGGUGCUCAUCAUCUCUACAAACGUUCGAUCUAUGGCGGUCCUUGGGCCUAUGGUGGUGCCGCGCAUGUACCGCUGACACAUGGUGGAGUCCCCGUAGAUACCCCUGACGUGCAGGCGGCCAAAGCUGAACAUUACGCUGCCCACGCCAAGGCUUUGGGACAGGUUGCGCAUGCACAUGGCGCUCCUAUCGAAACCCCCGAGGUUCAACAUGCUAAGGCUGCCCAUUUCGCCGCUCACGCUGCCGCUCGCUCCGGACAUGCUCUUGCUCCUAUUGCUCACGGUCAUGCUGCUCAUGGUUACCAUGUGCCUGUCAUCCACAAUGGCGUGCCCGUCGAGACGCCCGAGGUUCAACACGCCAAGGCCGCCCACUACGCUGCUCUCUCGCAGGCUUCAGCGCACGGCAGCUCGCACAGCUCUUGGGACAAUGGACAUUACGAUGGACGUUGGGAUGCUGGUCAUGACAAUCAUGCUAGCAGCUAUGCCAGCGGCUAUGCGCACAAGGGUCCCAUCCACAUUCCCGUCAUCCAUAAUGGUGUGCCUGUAGAGCCUGCCGAGGUGCAACACGCCCGUGCCGCGCAUCUGAAUGCUUUGGCAGCCGCCAGCCACAACAGUGGACCAGCUCAUGGUGCUUACUAUGGAGGUGGUCAAGAGGAUGAUGGCCAGUACCAUGCGCACUACGAUCGCUAUUAA